AUGCUAAACCUCCAAUCAAGUUCCAAUAACCAAGCACAGCCUCAGGACGGUAGCGGCCAGAGCAAGCAUCAAUCCCUCAUUCAAUUCGAACAGGCUCAUGACUUCGACGACGAUGAUGACGAUCAAGCAGAGCCCACCACCUGGGAGUUGUUUUCACGGAAAUUCAAAGAACAACCACUGGUCCCUCUUGGUGCUGGAGCUACGACGAUAGCGUUACUAGGGGCUGGCCGCGCGAUCCAACGGGGCGAGUCGAAUAACUUCAACAUCUGGUGUCGGUACCGAGUCAUCUUCCAGGGCUUGACACUACUCGCCGCCCUUGGUGGCUCGCUAUAUUAUAACAAGGAGAGGAACGAGCAGCAGCGGGUCAAGGAGGAGGAGCGAGAGAAGAUGCGGAUCUACCAGCGUGACCUCCGGAUCCGCUCCCAGGAACAGGCCAGCCGGUCCGACAAUCUCCCCAAACCACCUCUCCCCUCCACCUCCGAGCUCGAUAAGCCCUCCGACUCUCAUAACUCAUUGUUUAACCAUCAAAACAGCCAGAUCCGUAAAGCUCUACUCGAUCGAAAACUCUCUGAUCAACACAAACAUCUCGAUAGCUCAUCACCACCAGCAUCGUCUGAUAAGAAUUGA